UCCACUUGGAAGGCGGCUAUUAAAGGAAUGAAGUACGAAGUCUGCGUUACACAACAAAAAGGGGCUUAAAACUUCACCUAUACUACUAUAUACCUAUCCGUGAGAGGAUAUUCUAAGACUAUUCAGCGCCUAUUUUCAACUAAUCCUCGUUGUUUAGGUGGAACUUCUAAACGUACUGCAUGGCGUUCUCUGGGGCACAUGAUGCGGGCCAGGUUGCAUACGAGACAGGGCAGCAAUGCAUCAGAUGCGGGGCCUCCAUGUCCGCCAAUCCGACUAUGGCGAUGUUGGUAAAUGGAGCUGGAGACCUCGUAGCCUUUGAUCUGGCAAGUCAUAAAUAUGUAUAGCCGGCUUUAUCUCGAUAUAUUCGCCCUCUUAGCGAUGAGUCGUGGAAGCACACUCUCCUUUCAGCGCUGAAUUUUAGCACCCAAUGAGGCUCGUCAAUACUACUACACUUUGCAUUGAGCCUCUUAGCGAUGCUCAGGUGUCGAAAACCCCUUAUGCGAUUCUUUCCCAUGUGUGGGGCCCUGAUGAGAUCUUGCUCCAUGAGGUGCAAGAGGGCCAAAUUGGCAUCAAGGAUAAGGCGGGAUGGAAAAAAAUGGCCAACUUCUGUGCCACGGCACGGAAACAUGGCUACGACUAUGCGUGGAUUGAUACUUGCUGCAUUGACAAGCGCAGCACUGUCGAAUUAACCGAAGCAAUCAAUUCUAACUACAAAUACUAUUAUAACGCCGCGGCAUGUUUCAUAUAUCUUGAGGAUGUGCAAAAAUGGUCUGUUGAUAAGGGCGGUGUCGAUGGCAGUGAGGACGGUGAUAGUAAGAUCGAUGUUAGUAAGGGCGUGGCGGCAAGGGGUAUAUUAUAUCUCUUCUUUUUUCAACUACUAGGACUGUUGUUCGGAUGGACUUGUUUGUUGGCCGCUAGGAAUCGAUACAACAAAAUUCGGGAUGAUAGUAAAGGUCAUGUUGUUGUGGCGUCAGCAAGGUCGGAAGUAUCGCGAGAUAUACUCCUUUCUGCGAUACGCAACACUCGCUGGCUAUCGCGUGGUUGGACAUUGCAAGAACUACUGGCGCCUUCACGACGCUGUUUCUUCGCGACCGACUGGUCUGAGAUCGAUGGUGGAGAUGACCUACUCGAUACACUGGCCGACGCUACAGGGAUUGAUAAAUCAUUGCUGCAAGAUAGAGACUUGCUUUCUACUUACUGUGUUGGGGAGCGUAUGAGUUGGGCGGCUUUACGAAAAACUAGCAAGGGAGAGGAUGUCGCUUAUAGCUUGAUGGGCUUGUUUGGUGUCUAUAUGCCUAUUAUGUACGGCGAAGGAGCUGAAAGUGCCUUCAAAAGGCUGCAGCGCGAAAUUAUGCAGGCGUCUUUCGACAUGACGAUUUUUGCGUGGAGAGCCAACUAUGAGAGCAGUGGGCUCUUAGCUCGCUCGCCUGCCGAUUUUACAAAUACACCUUCCCUAGGACUCUGGGCGCCGUGGAGCCUCUCAUCUUUCGCAAUGACCAACAUCGGGAUAGCACUUCGGUUAAAUAUUGUACGGGAACAGCCAACUUCGGGAGACUCAUUGGCCAAAUACCCUGAGAAUUACACGUGCCUUGCAGCAUUGCAGUGCGACAUCCAAACGCCAAUGGGUGAAUGUCAGGUCCCCUUAAUAUACCUAGAACAGGUGGAAGGGACAGGAUUCUUUACCAAUGGAAGAAAAUACAAUGCCUACCGUCGAGUUCGAUGUUUGGAGUGGAGGACGUUGCCUCCAGAACAAAUACGCGACUGUCCCUCCGAGGAUAUUCUGGUUUUAACAGAUGAACAACAUCAACUGGUUCGACGUGCUACGGAACGACAUAUAUCCCGACAUAAGGUUGAAAGCGGCAUAGUACGAUCAAGUACAUCUAGGCUUUAACUGCCCAAGUCUACGGUAUCGUUACCUAUCUAAUGCAACAAGACAAACACCAGCUCCUAGGCAUAUUUUACAGACUUGCCCUGAACGCCAAUGAACGCUUUUCCGCGGCAUUUUAGGGUGCAUACAACCAGAUACAUGUCAAAGGAUCUAGAGCACCCCAUCUUGUAUCAUCUUGGUGGGCGAUCUAGCAAGCGGCUGUAUCGAUAUGUAGGCUGCGGUAUAUUUCUGCGCAUGGCGGCA